GUAUUUAUUUAUGGAAGUAUAUCAUCAGGCAUUAACUUAUAGUAUAAGAUUCGGAAACUAAUUAGCUAAACCAAGUCUUUUCUUCGUCUUCGUCUUCAACUUUUUAAGACAACAUCGUUGGCAUUUUGUAUAAUUUUUAUGAUAAACUGAAAAGAGGUACAUUAUCAUCAACUCGGAUAGUUUAUAUAGAACAAGUCAUCUUCCACCGUCAGAACUUACUGCCGCCGGCGAUACUCUGCCUGAAAAUGCUCUGCCGGAAAAACUCAAGCGUCGUGGAUAGAGGAAAUGUUCCCGUGUAUCUCAAUGUGUACGAUCUAACUCCCAUCAAUGGCUACGCUUACUGGUUUGGUCUUGGUGUUUACCACUCUGGUGUUGAAGUUCAUGGUAUAGAGUAUGCUUUCGGAGCUCAUGAAUAUCCAAGUACUGGAAUAUUCGAAGGAGAACCGAAGCAAUGCGAAGGGUUUACGUUUAGGAAAUCAAUUUUGAUUGGUAAAACGGAUCUUGGGCCAUUGGAAGUGAGAGCUACGAUGGAUCAACUUGCAGACAAGUACAAAGGGAGUUCUUACAAUCUCAUCACCAACAACUGCAACCACUUCUGCGACGACACUUGUAUGAAGUUAACCGGGAAUCCAAUUCCUAGUUGGGUUAACCGUCUUGCAAGAAUCGGUAAACUCUCUGGAUUCAUGUGCAACUGUGUGCUUCCUGCGACCAUAAACGCCACGAAGCUCGGGAACAACCGAGUCAAUCAAGACAAACCAUGUCAAGCAGAAGCUGAGAAGAAGAAACUGAGCAGAGAGAGGUCUACGAUUGAUACACCUUCGCCAUCAUCUUUGUCUCCUUCAGUUCAAGUUCGUGGUCGAAGCAGGAAAAGGCGUCCACGUCGUGCCAUGCAACCUUCAUCGACAUUGAUUCUCAGCUCUUCCACCACUUGACCAUAAAUAUAAUUCACGUCUAAAUCUUUUCUUUUUUAACUAGUUGCAGUUGUGCUUUGUAAUCUUGUUAAACAAGUAAAGUAAAAAAGAAGAAUCAAUUUA